CAGCUCUGCAGUCCCGGCUGGGUUACUUCCGGAAGUGAGGCGCCUCCCUUCUCCUCGGCUCUCGCCGGGGGAGGGUCUCACGGACCCCCCCGGGGGAAAGUGGCCCGGAGGUCUGGUCCUGACAGCGGUGCACUGGUAUUAUGAUGUUUCAUCACAGACCCCUGAGUCUGAAAGGUUCUGCGGAUCCCAGUGCUUGCUGAGAUGGAGGAACCUCAAAAGAAUGAUCUGAGCACGACCAGCCCAGAGGAUGACCCUGUCAGCAGCUCCAGCCGUCAGAUUUCCGUCAGUGAAUUUUCUUGCCAUUGCUGCUGUGACAUCCUGGUUAACCCUACCACCUUGAACUGUGGGCACAGCUUCUGCCGGCACUGCCUGGCGUUAUGGUGGGUGUCUUCAAAGAAAACAGAGUGUCCGGAAUGCAGGGAAAAAUGGGAAGGCUUCCCCAAAGUCAACAUUCUCCUCAGGGAUGCCAUUGAAAAAUUAUUUCCUGAUGCCAUUAGAGUGAGAAUUGAAGAUAUUCAGCAGAACAAUGACAUAGGUCAAUGCCUUGCAGCCUUUCAAAAAUAUGGGAAUGAUCAUGGUCCAUUAGCACCCAACACAGGCCGAGCGAACCAGCAGAGAGGAGGGGGAUUCUUCUCUGGGGUACUCACAGCUUUAACGGGUGUAGCAGUGGUCCUGCUUGUGUAUCACUGGAGCAGCAGGGAAUCUGAGCAUGACCUCCUGGUCCACAAGGCUGUGGCCAAAUGGACAGCGGAAGAAGUUGUCCUGUGGCUGGAGCAGCUGGGCCCUUGGGCCUCUCUGUACAGAGACAGAUUUUUAUCUGAACGAGUAAAUGGAAGAUUGCUUUUAACUUUAACCGAAGAAGAAUUUUCCAGGGCACCAUAUACCAUAGAAAACAGCAGCCACAGAAGAGUCAUCCUCACGGAGCUGGAGCGCGUCAAAGCUCUGGGCGUGAAGCCUCCUCAGAACCUCUGGGAAUAUAAGGCUGUGAACCCAGGCAGGUCCCUGUUCCUGCUGUAUGCCCUCAAGAGCUCCCCAAGACUCGGUCUGCUCUAUCUGUACCUGUUUGACUAUACAGACACCUUCCUGCCCUUCAUCCACACCAUCUGCCCUCUGCACGAAGACAGCUCCGGGGAGGAUAUCCUUACCAAGAUUCUGGACCCGAGGGAGCCCACCUGGAGGCAGUGGAGAGAAUUCCUUAUCAAAUAUUCCUUUCUUCCAUACCAACUGAUUGCUGAAUUUGCCUGGGACUGGCUGGAGGUCCACUACUGGACAUCACGGUUCCUCAUCGUCAAUGCCAUGCUGCUCUCAGUUCUGGAAUUGUUCUCUUUUUGGAGGAUCUGGUCAAGAAGUGAGCUGAAGACAGUGCCCCAGAGGAUGUGGAGCCAUUUUUGGAAAGUGUCAACGCAAGGGCUUUUUGUGGCCAUGUUCUGGCCACUUAUUCCUCAGUUUGUCUGCAACUGUUUGUUUUACUGGGCCCUAUACUUCAACCCAAUUAUUAACAUUGACCUCGUGGUCAAGGAAGUCCGGCGGCUGGAAACCCAAGUGUUAUGACUGGCAGUACCACAGCUCUGAGAAACUGCAGGUCUCCCUGACGCCUGAGCCCGAUGCUUCAAAAGGGCGAGGGAGGGACAGACUUCCUGUUUCUACCCCUGGCAGAGCAAGGUGCUGCUUUGUAUGUCAGGGGUCCCACCAGGUCCUCUCUCUUCUGCCUGUGGUUCUGUGGCAGCCAGGCCUGACAUCCAGCGCACGAGACGGCGUGGCCACCAGAGCAGCAGCGACCCUCCCACCCAGCCACCUGGACUUGGGAGGCUCAGUCCACUGUGGUCACCAGGACUCGGGUCUUCAGAGGACAUAGUGUGGGUAACAUCAGAAGGUUACCACGGCCGGCAGCCCUAACCUCAGUGACUGACGGAGGCUUGUUGGGGCCAAGCCUGUCAUACGUCAAGCUUAGGAAAACAGGGAUAAGAUUUUGUCAUAGGUAAAGUUACACGUAAGAAAUACAGAGGAAAACCCAGAAUUCACCCUUGCUGAAUAGUUGGUACAUUGCAGAGUAAACCUUAAAGGAUUCAGCCUGCCGUUAGAGCGAUAGUCAGCUGCCUUCACCGUCUCCUUUCAUGUACUUGGAAGUUUGUGAGCAGGGAGGGCGGGCGGCGGUAUGUCAGCCCGAGCUGCGUCAAGCUACAUAAGCACAUUGUUUGGGGUUUGUUUUGUCUUAAAUUUAAUCUGUAAAAUAAAUCCAGUAGUCUUUGUCCAAGGAAACAUUUUAUAAGUUGACCUCACUGUAUGACAUAUGGUGUUUACUAUCCUUUCUGAAGUAUAAACAGCAGUGUCAUUA